GGAGACAAACCUGGCAACCCCCGUUAGAAGGCUCGCUACAUGUAGCAGGAGACGUAACCACUGAAUGCGUUAGUUACGUAGCUAGCGUUGUUAGCAAAUAACAGUCUUCUGUUGAUACGUUGCUUGUAGACCCGGUGAGUUAAAUCCGCGGAUACCUACUUUGUCUUGGACACGGCUCUGCGUGACUGUUGUGUCUUUGUUGACAGCUGUCUUGUCUUUUCAGACUGUAGCCGACGUCAUGCGGACAACAUUAGCUUGUAUUUUUCUGCGGCUAAAGUAGCUAACUGUAGCGCGUAAGCUAGCGUGCAAGAAGAACAGUCUGACUUGGAGGAAGGAAGGAAGCUGAUAAGUUGGAUCACUGCGCAGCGCUGCUUAUGCAAAGGCAGCGCACUUUUUUCCUGGACUCCCGAGUUCGCAGUGUGACGCAUGUAGAAAAGGUGACUGUCUGCUUACCCCGUGUGGCAUUUAACACGGUUUGGUUCAUUAGAAAUCGCUGUUAGAUGGCGUAGCUAGCUGUCAGCAUCGGUCAUCCCCGGCUAGCUGUACUGCGGGGAAGAGCUAACACGCUAGCCUCAAACUUCUCGGGAAGUUGUGCAAGUCAGGCCGAGCUAUCUGACUGAUAUAAUCGACUAUCAAAUCGGUGUUGUAGACGUGUCAUUGACGGACUCUUUCCGCUCCGACCCGCUCCAGUCACAGGACAGAUUCAUGGCAUCGGACGUGAUUGAGAGUGAAGUCGUGCUAAAGGGGUUAGGUGAUAUGAAUUUGAACAAUAGCAGCCCAGACUGUGUCACACCCAGGACGACUCACGAUGAGCUGGGAAACAAACUGGCCUCCAGUCCCUCAUCCUCUGGGGUGUCUGGAGAAGGCAAUGAGGAGGAAUUGGAGGAUUUACCAAAUAGCACGGUGUCACCAGUCAAAAAUGGCGAAGAGGCACUUCAAGAGAGUCCAACCCAAACAAGAGGUACGCCACAGGAAAGGACGACUCCAGACAAUGAGCAGAAACAGCCUGGAGCAAGAAGCUCGACCCCAGUGAGCCUUCCCCAGCCACGUUCACCACCUGGACCCAUCGGAAGUCUUGAGCGCCAAGAGUCAGUCGCCACAACAGAAGCCCGCUUACGCAUGGAAGGAGUGGAACUUAAGGAAGAGUGGCAGGAUGAGGACUUUCCACGUCCCCUACCAGAGGAAGAGGAGCUUGAAGAUGAACUUUUUGCUGGGACAUCUGAGGAGAGAGACCCGGACUAUGUAAUGGACCAUGGCAAGAAGCCAAAGAAAAAGCUUGCAGCUCCCAACAUCAGCCUGACGUUUGACCGCAGUGAGGGAUCGCUUCUCUCUGAUGAGUUGGAUGAAAGUACAGAGCUUGACCUUGAUGACAUUGACACACCCUCAGAUAACAGCAAUGAGUUUGAAUGGGAAGAUGAUCUCCCAAAACCAAAAACCACAGAGCUGCUUCAGAAAGGUGUGGAGUCGGUUCAGGAGUUAUCGGCCACGGAGGAAAGGGAGGAGGGUCGACGCUGGAGGGUGUUUCGUAUCGGAGACCAGGAACACAGAGUGGACAUGAAAGCCAUUGAACCUUACAAGAGGGUUAUCAGCCAUGGAGGUUACUAUGGAGACGGUUUGAAUGCCAUAAUUGUGUUUGCAGUCUGCUUUAUGCCUGAGAGCAAUCAACCAAAUUACAGAUACAUCAUGGACAAUUUAUUCAAGUAUGUCAUUGGCACACUGGAGCUAUUGGUUGCUGAGAACUAUAUGAUAGUGUAUUUGAAUGGGGCGACCUCUCGGAAAAAGAUGCCAACUGUCGGCUGGCUCAGAAAGUGUUAUCAGCAGAUUGAUAGAAGGUUAAGGAAGAACUUGAAGUCUUUGAUAAUUGUCCAUCCAUCUUGGUUUAUUCGCACCCUGCUGGCACUCACAAAACCUUUCAUAAGCUCCAAAUUUAGUCAGAAAAUCAAGUAUGUGUAUAGCUUGACAGACCUCGCAGGGCUGGUUCCUAUGGAGUAUGUGUCCAUACCAGAUUGUAUCAAGCAGUUUGACGACGAAAAAAACAGGAAUAGCCGUAAAAGGAUCGACCAGGACAUGCACGGCAAAGUGGAGAUUGCUGCUGCUGCUGUUCCAGAYUGACCCCCCUGUUGACACUUCGAGAGRGAUGAAAAAUGUUUGGUUCCACAGCCACUCUUAGGUUUUUGUUCUGGUCGACAUGACUGGAGACUUAAAUCCGAACGUCAGGAAAGUGCCUUUUUGAAACUGUGCUGCCUGUUACAUGUGGAACUUAUUGCUGAAUUUCUGUGUCAAGCAGCUUGGUCUUCAGCAUUUUCCCCACAUGCUGUCUGAAAUGGUUUUAAUCCUUUUUACUUCCUGCCGGAGAAUCAUGUCCAACUUAGUGUAUUAGUGUUCCCUAGUUACUGUUGUAUCUACACUUUAUUUAAGGCACUCUUGUUACAAAUGGUUGAUGCAUGCUCUGCUUUAUUACAUUUAAAU